AUGCGCUCUGCAUGUCGGGUUUCACAGGACGCCGGUUCCAGCCCUCCAUGCUGUCAGCAGAGCAGGUGUGCCCGGCUGUCCCGGAGGUCAGCAGCCUGGGCGGCUGGGCGCACAGUCUCAGCUCAGGCCCAGCUCAGGCCCUCCUCCCCCGCAGGGACUCACCAUGGUGCACGGGCUGGGCUGGCCGCUGCUGCUCAGCUGCCUGUUUCUGAAGGAGGCUCCGUGGACAGGGGCCCCGCCACCCAAUGGCCCUUCUGGGCGCCCCUGGGGUCCCGGCAUGGCCACCUCACUGUCCUGCCUGGCCGCGACAGCCUCUUCUGGACCUUUCAUCAUUGUCAGAACUUCUCCGUCUUGCUGGAGCCCUCAGGCUGUGCCUGGGUCACCUUCCUGCUCCUGGCCACACCGGGCCGGCGGCUGUAGCUGGUGUUUCUCCUGGGGAGGGGGCACUCCCCACACCCUGCCCAGCUGCCCGCCUAUGAGAGCCCCAAAUUUGACGAAAGCCUCCAGUGGGACUUCGCCGUGACACCGAAGGAGCCGUACCUGCAGCGCAGGGUGGCAGCCACUUGCCCCAGGCCCACUUCAUGCUGAAGGGAAGAUGAUGAUGUCUUCGUCCAUGUCCCCCAUGUGCUGGAGUUCCUGCAAGGCUGGGACCCCCCAGAACACCAGAGGCAAGUACUUCACCUACCUUCCAGGCACAGGGCCCACCAUUCCCCACCCUACGCUGGCGGCGGCGGCGAGCUAUUCCCUGUCCAUGUGUCUUUGGGCCUGAACCCCACACACCACGCCGGCUUCGGGACCUUUGGGAUCCAGCAGCCGUCAACCUGCCUGUACCGCGGGCUCCUGCGGGUGCACUGCCUUGGGCCGAAGAUGUGGACCAUGUGGGCGCUGGGGGCAGACGAGGGGCUCCCGCGUGCAGCUGCUCUACAGCAGCAGCCCCAGGAUGACUCAGUGCUGACCACCAGAUGCCCACUCCCUCCCGCACCCUCCCUCCCUCCCCUGUGCCUGAAUGGAGGCUGGGGCACAGCAAACACCGCGGGAAACCAGGGCCCAUGGGCAGAGAAGAAAGAGGCUGCGUAGGCCCCA